AUGGAAACCGUCACAGUGAGAUGGAAGAGGUUUCUGAGCACUUUUGGGGCCCGGCCUUGUUUGCUGUCUUGUUUGCUUGGCGGGUUGCUUUUCGGGUACCACUUGGCAGUGUUCUCAACGGUAACGACGUUCCGCUCGUUCCAAGACUGGUUCGGCUCGUGGCCUUCCGGGGAGCAAGUUCUGCUUGGGUCGUACUUUGUCGGAGCUUUCGUCGGAUGCCUGUACCAGAGGGUCCUCCCGUUUCUUGCGCAUGGGGCGGGAACUGCUGCUUGGCGCCGCUAUUUAUGGCUACGCUGGAGCUCGGUGUUCUUCUGUCUCGGGUCGGGGCUUCCUUUUCUCAUAAAACGAGAACGGAUGUUAACAGGUCGCUUCCAGAUGGGUGCGUUUCUGGUGCUGCUCAUCCACCGCUUGCUGAUUGGCAUCGGCGCCGGCAUCGUGAACGUUCUCGGGCCAGCUCUGUGUCUAGAGGUUGCUCCGUCAACAAGCAGAGGCGCCUUUGUCUUUCUCUAUCAGCUCGCGAUAACAAUCGGUAUUCUUAUGGCCAAUCUCGUUAAUCUUGCCACUGGUCACGAGGAUGUACACCGUCAAGUGGAUCCCGUUGCUGGUGGCGCCGGGAUCGACAUGCGCGGAAACUUUCUCCGACCUUUGCGCUAUCCACUCGUGCCCGCUAUCUUGAUGUGUAUCGGCCUGCUGCGCUAUCAGUCCUCCAUGGGCGUUUCUGCAUACAGGGACGCUACGAGUGCCGAUAUGCUGGAGACCGGGAAACCGAUGUCGCAGCGGAAAGAGCGGGAGCAUAGUAUGGUAGCGAGUGCACGCGCCUUGCGUCCAGAUGCUGCCGAGGCGGGACACUCUUUCAACGUUAUCUCGAGGCCUUCUUUGCAAAACGAGUCACUGAGCUUGAAAGAUGUGGAGAGCUUUGCGAUGUACGCAGUUUUGGCUCGGGGAUCGUCCCCGACAGCUCGAUCUCGAGCGAGCGUGUGGCUCCUUUUGCGCGAUCCGCGGAUACAGAUAUGCAUGAUACUUCAACUUCUCCAACAGUUGACUGGAAUCAACGUUGUCCUCGUGUAUGGUGUGCAAAUUUUGGAACAAGUGCAAUCCAGUGCGAUGGGUUCUUCCAGGCGCCUUGCGAGAUUAUCUGGGCCUUUGUACGGUGCUGUGCUUUUAUCCGUCAUGAACGUGAUUGCCACGCUGGUUGCAGUCGGUAUCAUCGAUCGCACCUGUCGUCGGAAACUGUACCUUUUUUCAACACCAGUGCUUGCUGCCUGUCAUCUUGCGCUUGCCCGGGCGACCCGAGCAGAAAACGGUUCAUCCUCUGUCGCAUUUACGGGCUUUCUAGCGCUCAUGUUGUUUGUCGCUGUAUUUGCUGUCUCUCACGGGCCGCUUGCUGUUCUUGUCGCGAAUGAAUUGUUUUCGCCGGAGGCUCGGGCGUCGGCGAACUCGAUCGGAAUGGUUGUGAACGCUGUCGCUACCACUGCGGUGAGUAUCGGUUUCCCGCUCUUGCAGCGGGAACUGUUUGGCAUUGCUGGAACAUUUCUCUUCUUUGCUCUGAUAUUAAUGGGCGGGGAAUAUUGGCUUUGGCGUUAUCUACCUGAAACGAGACAACCAACUUCCGCUGACAGCAGCUAA